UAUGAAAAAGACAAAAUGACAGCAGCCAAAAUGGACACCUGAACAAUGUCAACGCUGAAGGACUCGUCCUCUGGGUCAUCACUCUGUCUGUCUGUCCAAGGACCGUUAGUGUUGUCAUACUGAACUGCACCUGGUAACACCUUGACUGCAGACUUUUAACUUCAUAAAACAUGAUGGGUGCAGCGCGUGUCAAACGCCGCUUCAGUGCUGUGGUGGAUGGGCCAGUGGAGGAGGAGGAGGUCAUGAGGCUGGCACACAGUGCCUCAGAUACGGAGAGAGCAGGGGAGAGCUCCUCAGGGUCAGGGACUCCCAUCGGCCCUUCCCCGACCCACGCGCCCAACGGCAAAGCUCUACCUCUUCAGAGCAUCGUCAACAAUGCACGGAGGCAGAGCACCAUCGGAGAGUCAGUCGGGAAAGAUGCAGGAGGAGAAGGCGAGGUGAGAGGAGGCGAGAAGUUCUCGGAGCACAGGAGUAGAAGAAGCACUGGUGAAGGAGAAAGAGGGGAAGUCCGUGCGUCCUUUGACAAAGGUUCCUUCUCUGUCCCCAUCACUACCAAACGUCGGCACACCCGCCGCUCAAGCCGCCGGCCCCGACAACGCUUUGUAGGCAAGGACGGACGCUGCAACGUCACCUUCGUCAACAUGAGCGAGAGGGGCCAGCGUUACCUCAGUGACCUCUUCACCACCUGUGUGGACAUUCGUUGGCGGUGGAUGCUCGUCAUCUUCACCCUCUCCUUCCUUCUCUCUUGGCUGCUCUUCGGAUUUGCCUUUUGGCUCAUUGCCUCCAUGCAUGGGGACCUCUCUAUUAAGCUAACCCUGAGCUCAGCGUCCUCGCUCGCUCCAGGAGAUGCCGGCUCUGGACCCGAGUCUAAUAGAGAACCAGGGGUUGAGGAGCCCUGCUUUCUCCAAGUGAAUAGCUUCAUGGCGGCCUUCCUCUUAUCCUUAGAGACGCAGACGUCUAUUGGUUACGGAUUUAGAAGUGUGACUGAAGAAUGUCCCCAGGCGGUGGUGGCAGUCGUUUUGCAGUGCAUUGUGGGCUGCAUUAUUGAUGCCUUCAUCAUCGGGGCGGUCAUGGCUAAGAUCGCCAAGCCUAAGAAACGCAAUGAAACGCUAGUGUUCUCUGAAACGGCGGUGGUGGCACUAAGAGACGGGAAGCUGUGCAUGAUGUGGAGGGUUGGGAAUCUCCGCAAAAGCCACCUAGUGGAGGCCCACGUCAGAGCACAGCUACUGAGGCCAAGGGUUACACCAGAGGGCGAGUUUCUCCCGCUGGACAACAUAGACAUGAAUGUGGGCUUCGACACCGGCACUGAUCGCAUCUUCUUGGUCUCACCUGUCACCAUUGUCCAUGAAAUCAACGACGAGUCACCCUUCUAUGAGAUGGACCGGAAGACACUGGGGAGUGACCCCGAGCUGGAGGUGGUGGUCAUACUGGAGGGAAUGGUGGAGGCCACGGCCAUGACCACGCAGUGUCGCAGCUCCUAUCUGGCUUCGGAAAUCCUCUGGGGGCGCCGCUUUGAACCUGUGCUGUACGAGAGAAAAAAUGGCUACCAGGUGGACUACUCCUUCUUCAACAGGACAUAUGAAGUAUCGAGCACACCUUCGUGCAGUGCCAAAGAGCUGGCCGAGCACAAAUACAUCCACGACUCGCGCUCCCUGUUCUGCUAUGAAAAUGAAGUGGCUCUGGAGGACGAGUCUGAGGAGCGUUCCCGGUGUCCUUUCCCAUCAGUCCAGAGACCGUCACUGACCAAUCAUCUCCACUUCAACUGAGCUGAGAAGACAGUGAACCUCAGAGGACAGGGGAGACAGACUAACACUCAGAGAAAGACAGGGUAAGACACAGAGUAGAUAGACAUUUGCUGCCAUUGGUUAGUACAAGAAAAAAAUAAGGGUAAAGAAGUAGGGUUGAAGUACCAUUUGACACCUGCAGGUGAAAUAAUGGCGAUUAUACAGAUACCGUUUGGGUUGUUUGUUUUUUUGGAAAUCUUUGAUCAUAGUCUGCAGUAUGACUCUGGCCCAUCUCUAACUACACCACUGAAGUGGCUACACGGCCUAACUCUCGGGCAAUACAACAGCGCCCCUAUGUGGCUCUUACCGAGUAGGUGCCGCAACUUUUUUUUUUUUGAUCUUGCAGAAAAUGUUGACCUCUGUGUUUUUACUGUAGGCAGUAAAGUGUUGUGCAAUUGAUAUCCAGCAGUUGAUCACUUUAAUGUCAGUUUAUCACUCGGGUGUUACUAUGGAGGUAAGUAUGGAUUCUGCACAUUUAUAAUAUGUGAUACUUUGACCUUAGUUACAGCAAUUAAUGACCCUGAUAAUAUUUUAAAUAGUAAAUAGUUUUUAUGCAACAUCUGAAACCAUAGAGUAGUACAGUUCAUGGAAACACUAAACACUACACUUAAAUUAACUGCAUUAUUAACAUUAUUUACAUUUGAUACAGUUUAUUUUUAGCAGUUAUGUUGUUUGAGUGUAAUAAAUUCAAAGGUUUGAGAGAUUUACUUUUUUUUUAGGGAAAUUCAAGCUAAUGGUUUACUGCUAAAGGCUACACAUACUGUACAUACACUGAGUUAAACAUAACAUAAUAUUCAAAUUUAGCAUUUUAGCGACAGCACUAGGUGCUAGCAACUUCACAUUCUAAGCACUGUGACCUGGUAUUUGUCCAUCUAAUAAUAGGAUCUUUCCAGUAGGAGUUACUAUUUCUGUUUCAUUAAGACCAGCAUCUCAGAUAGUGCCUUUGAUGAAGUAAGUUAUAUAUUAUUUUUUUCAUUUACUGCAAAGACUGGCCAAUACAGAAAAAACUUAGUGUUUAGUAGAUUAGUAGUACCAUCCACUAGAACAGGUGUUCCUUUAGUUGUUAUCCUUCCUGAGAAAACAACUGUGAAUCUGUGGUUUGGUCAUUGGCUUGACCUAGAUGAAUUGUUUGCCCUUAUUGGACAUGAGUACAUUUUCUUUUUUUAAAUUUAUAUAUGCCUUCAACACACUCGGACGGAGGCAGAGCAAGAUAGAAAAGGUCAUCCUCUAAAAUUCCAAACAUUCCGAGUAGGUAUUUGGCAGCAGGUUUGGCAACUUAGACUGGGUUUAGAAGGAAACUCCACCAAUCGUUUGAAUUUUGGGCUCAGCUGAUCUGACAACACAGAGGAUCUAUUAAUAGUCACGAGGAUCUAGACUAUGUACCAGUCAUGUAUUUUUAAAAAAAAACAUUUUAGUCUAAACAAAAUUAUAUAAAAUAUUUUUUACUCCAUAAAUAUAUAUUCAUUUAGCCAAACCUAGCAUAAUUAAAGUACUGUGUUCAGUUGUCAAAUAUUUAAAAAGUAAAUACAAGAAAAUAGGUCUGUGACCCCAUGAAAAACCAGUCUUUCCUCUGCUUUUGGUCAGUGUUGCAUGUGUUGCAUGUUGACAUUUUUUUGUUUUGUUUGAAUAUAUUCUACCCAACAUUUACAAUGUUGCAGGUUACACAUACUUUGUCACCUGAGUAUUUGACAAGAAUGAAGGUGUGUCUGGAAUGAACUGUAAUAUUAGGGCUUAAACCAUGAGUUUGUCCGAUGCACUCAACAGGAAACUGGUCUUUGUACGUUUGCACUGAUGUAUCAUGGAGGGUGGGGGAAAAAACUUGAAACUGUGCCACGGGUGUUACCUCUAAGGUAUCAGUCAUAGUGUUGCAUUAAACAUAAAUAUAUGGUCACCGUGACACGUAAUGUUUUAUAAAGAAUUGUCAACACUGUGAAGUGUUCUGCCCAGACCUCUGACCUUGGCCUCACUUCCAAUGUAUUAUAAAAUGACCUUACACUGCAAUAUUAAAUAUAAAAAGCACUUUA